AUGGGACCGAUAAAAAAUACGAAAAGGAAGGCAUGGUUCGACAGUAAAUGUAUGAAUGCAAUAGAAAGUCGGAAUAAAGCCAGACUUACGAUGAUACAAGCUAGCAAAAUACUACACCGAUGUAAAAGAUAGCACAAAAAAGAAAAAUUUAAAGAAUUAAAAGCAAAUAGGUACAAUAUAAACCUGUUUUUUAGGAAAUGCAAUCAGGUUAAACAAGGAUUUAAGCAUCAAACAAAAAUUAUAAGCAAGAAAAAUGGCUCUAUAGUAAUCCAAGAUGAGAAAAUUCCAAAGAAAUUUUCCAAUUUCUUUGAAAAAUUGUUAAAUAAAUUACAUGAUACUUCAGGUAGUGAACCCGGCAUGGUCUUGACGACGGCAGAACCGUUCAUAGAUAACCCGUCACUGGAAGAAGUACAUAAGGCUAUAAAGCAGUUACAAAAUAGCAAAGCCCCAGGAAAAAACUUAAUAAACGCAAAAAUGAUAAAAGCAGGUGGUCCUAAAGACUAA